GGGAGGGAGGGAGAGAGAGAGAGAGGCUGUACCAUCUACAUGCCCUGCGCUUGUGCACACACAACUUACUUUGACAACAAAUCAGCACCAGGCUCGCUCAAGUUUGGGAUUCACUUUUGAAAACGGAUGUUUUCCUUUUCCUCGCCCUUGGCGUUUUUUUCUCAACAUACCGGUUCUCUCCAUUCUGCGCGAAACCUGCGGGACAUGACAAGAAGAGGCGUUUCUUCUCCUUCUCCUUCUUCUUCUACUACUACCACCACCACCACUUCUUCUUCUUCUCCCCCCCUCCCAAAAAAACACCCCUCCCCAAAUUGAGAUCAAACUGACGCGCGAUGGCAUAAAGCACUGUGGGCGUGACUGAAGUUACUUAGAAGAGGACGACUUCAAUACAUUUCAAUACAUACAUUGACCUUGGUGACCCCAGGGCGACACAGCGGACGGGCCUGCUGUCAGACUUCCUUUUUCCACCUGUAAAACACUGCUGCCAUCAUGCAGACCUCAUCACUGCGCCGGCAGAUGAAAAACAUGGUCAACAACUACACGGAGGCUGAGAUCAAGGUCCGAGAGGCCACCUCCAAUGACCACUGGGGGCCUCCCGGCUCGCUCAUGUCUGAAAUCGCAGACUUGACCUUCAAUGUUGUAGCUUUCGCCGAGGUUAUGGGCAUGAUCUGGAAACGGCUAAAUGACCACGGUAAGAACUGGCGCCAUGUCUAUAAGGCGCUGACGCUGCUGGACUACCUGAUCAAAACUGGCUCUGAGCGUGUGGCCCAUGAGUGCCGGGAGAACAUAUACACCAUCCAUACACUGAGAGACUUCCAGUACAUAGACAGGGACGGACGUGACCAGGGUAUCAACGUCCGGGAGAAGGCCAAGCAGCUGGUGGCUCUGUUGAAGGAUGAGGAGAAGCUGAAGAGGGAAAGGAGCCAGGCACUGAAGACGAAGACACGCAUGGGCGGCACCAGCAGUAUGGGCUCACGAUCCACGCCGCCGCCAUACUCGGGACAUCACAGUUCAGCGGCGGGUUAUGGGGAUGAUUUCAGGAAGUGCAAGGACUCGCCGUCCUCCAUUAACUCCUCCUCUUCCUCUCCCCAACUUGCUCCUGACAUGGAGCAAGCUCGGCCCGCGACCAGUGGAGAAGAAGAGCUGCAGCUGCAGCUGGCCCUGGCCAUGAGCCGAGAAGAAACUGAAAAGCCACCUCCCCCUGUGGACAUUGAUGAACAGACGCAGCUGCAGAUUGCUAUGAGUCUCAGCAAGGAGGAGUCACAUAAGACGGUCCAACCUGCACCUCCUGCAGUGGAUAUGGACGAGGAUACCCAGCUCCAGUUAGCGCUGAACCUGAGCAAGGAGGAGCACCAGCAGGAACAACUCAGUCGCCGAGGAGAUGAGUCGAUGCUCCUGAAAGCUUUGGAGGAGAGCAAACGCGAGAUGGAGACUAAAGGCGGGACCUCUUUCAUGGACCUGGUAGAUGUUUUUGCAGUUCCCUCAGAGUUGCCUUCUAGUGACCAUCGCUGGAAUAAUGCACACCAGGCAGCGGCUCGAAUGGGCGGCACAGACCCGUGGGACACAAUGGAAGGCAGCACUUACGCCUCAAGAGAGGAUUCAUCUUGGAUGGUACCACCACCUUCUAGCAGCCCUCCACCACCAUGGGAGCCCCCAACUCAUCCUUGGGAUGCUCCGCCUAACAAUGUCUCCAAUGCCACAGACGGUGCCUGGGCUCUUCAUGCAAACACAGCCCCUUCGAGAGUCGAUCCAUUUUCUGGCCCAUCAGAAAGAUCGGUAAUUGAGGGAGCUGUUGGGGAAGCUUUUCUACGAACUGGAAGCCCCUCAGAUGGGGAUCUGUUUGAUGAGGCCAUGGACGGAGGUCAGAUAAAUGUCAAUGGUCGAAGAGAGGGCAGUCCUGAGCUCUUUGACUUGUCAGGUCUUGGGGAAAGCCUGGCGGUUUCCAGCCCUCGGAAAUGCCAAACACCGGAAUCCUUCCUGGGCCCCACAGCAGCAUCUUUGGUGAAUCUGGAAAGGUUGAUCCCAGCAAAUCCCCAAGCCCAGGCCAAGAACCCCUUUUUAUCAGGCCUGAGUGCACCUUCGGUCACCAAUCCAUUCCAAGCUGAGCAGCCCAAACUAACUCUAAACCAAAUCGGCUCCAACGUCACCUCUAUGCCUCCUCUCACCACUUCUCUUCCUUACAGUGCCUCCUUACCACUGCCCAUUAGCCACCAGCCUGCCAGCCUCCCUUCAUCACUGACUCACCCCACUCAGCCUGGCUUGGACCUGCCGGGGCCACUCCCUGAGCCUCUGUUGCCCUUCUCUUCAGCCAGCACUCAAGAAUCACUGGCUGCACAGAGUAGUCAAAACCCUUUCUUAUGACCAACUAAACUUUUUUUUGGGUUCUUUUGGAAGGGGAUUGCCAAUUAGGUUAUGCUUAUGAAAUCACUCUAACGGCAGACCAAACUAUAGCCCCAAGGACUUGUAUGAAAACCCAAUUCUUGGUUGUUUUUACAAUGUGGUGUAAUACAGUAACACAUAGACUGAUGCAACAUGGUUCUCCUCUUCCAAAAUGUCAUGUCAAAAUUCUAAACAAAAGCACAGUUUGAUAAUAUUUUGUUUGUCUAUACAAUACAUCACUAACAACCAGGCAAAUGUUUUACAGCUUUUCACUUAGUCAGCAAAUCCGCACACUGAAGUGUUUGUAUGAUCAGCUUAGCUGCACUAUUGCUGUCGUAUACGCUCCUGCAAAGAAAUCUAAUAACUGGAAACAAAUUUGUCCAGCUUUUUAAAUGUUACUGCAUUGAACAUUAAGAACAUAAAGCUUUUGUUGGACCAGAAUUGACCCGUGUGUAUAGAAUUUUACUAUGGUGAAGUAAAUUACUGGAGUUAUGUGAAUUAAAUUAUAACUUUGGAGGAAUAUACAUAUUUCACUAUGACCUAUGAGCAAGUCAACAUUAGAAUCAUCUUUGAAUCAUGAGUUUCCUUCAUUUCUUGUGAACUCUCGUCAAACAUAAGGGUAUUAUUAUAACGCAGUAUCGUUCUGAAGUUGAUUUUAUUGCCUUGCAUUUUCUCAUUCUCUUGAUAUCAUUAGUCAAUGUGAAAUCACAACACAGGCACACGCCCAGUACCAGUUUCAAUGUUUGCUAUGGGCCUUGUGCCCCCUGCUGGUGACAUUUAAUUUCCACUACACUGCAUCCCUUUUAGAGUAACUAGUCUUCUUACAUUUGUUCAUCAAACUUUACUGGUUGUUAAACAUUAAAUACGAGAGGUUACUUUAUUCCUUACUUUUAUUUUCAUGAACUUUACUCCAAUGUUACAAUGUCAUAUGAUAACACUACUGUCAUUCAUGAAUACCUGCAGUUUAUCUGGAACUAUUUAGUAAACAUUUAGUAACCAGUAUAAAUAACAGCAGGUAAGACGGCAGUGCUGAACCACAAGCAAAACAUGCAACAGUCUCAACAAUAAAGUUCUUCUAUAAACUGCAA